AUGGGAGAGUAUACAAAAAAGGUACCUAUUUUUAACGAUUAUGAAACAAAAAAAGAUUUAUUAAAAUUUUUAUGGUUGAAAGAAAAUGAUGAUAAUGAUAAAAAUUCAAAGAAAAACAAUGACGAUGUUAAGUUUAUAAUAAAAAAAAGAGAAACAAUGAAAGACAUUCUAAACCACCGUCCUGAUUUAAAUACGAGGACACAAAGAGAUAUAUUAUCUGAAAGAAAAGCGAUACUGAAGGAAAAUAAUCUUGAAAACUAUUAUGAAUAUGAAAAGGAGUUUCCAUUUUUUGUUGAUCAAGUUGUAAUUAAACCAGAAGUUACAAGAAAUAUAAAGGAAGUACUAAACAAUCCAUAUGAACAGGAUGAGACUACUAAAAUUCGGCUUUCUGAAGAUAUCAAAACAAAAACGACAUUAUUAGAAAUGCGAAAAAAAAUGUUUAUCAAAGAAUUACGCAGAAAUAAUAUAAAAGAUAAUGAAGAAUAUAUACAAAAGACAUGGUUUUUAGACCCUGAAAAAAAUUAUUUGGACGCGGUAAAAAAUAAAAACAAGUUGCUAACCCUAAAAAAUUAUGGAUUUGGACAAGAAUACUCUGAAUAUAUAUUUUCAUAUCCUGACAUAAAAGCAAAAGGAAGAGGGGGAUAUGCUAGCGAAAUAAUUAAAUUAAAUAUCAAACAAAAAUCGAAUGAAAAAAAAAAAAAUUGGACUGUAGAAAAUAUAAGAGAUUUUCUUACAAAUAAAAGCCCUGGAAUAAGAGAGCCAAAAGGGGGUAUAUAG